CGGGACAAAAUUGUAAACUUCAACAGAGCGUUGGUUGCAUCUGAAAAAAAAAAUAAAAAACAUUUGCUCAGUAUGGAACAAAGUUUAAAAAUCAUUGCUUUAGUAGUAUGUCUUAAUUUUGGUAAAUAUUGUUUUGCCUGUGAAACUGAUCAAACAGAUUUUCAAUCGAUAACAGACAUGUGUAAUCAAACUCAUCAAACUGGUGCAGAAAAAUUACUUUACUUAUAUGACCAGGGAAUAUUACAAGAUGAAAACGAAAUGGACCCAAAGUGUUUCCUACGUUGUUUGUUUGAAACAUCCUUUAUGGUUUCUCUUGAAGAUGGAACUUAUGACAAUUGUAAAGUUGUACAAUAUUUUGGUCGUAUGAAAACUGAUGAUGACUCAAGACAAAAUGAAUUAAUGGCAAUUUCUGAAAAAUGUGGACCUAAAACUGAUCAUGCUGAUAUGUGCGAGCGAACAUAUAAAUUUGUGAAAUGUUUCAUCACUAAAGAAAAUGAGUUAUUGCGAGGUGAAGUAAGCGUCUCUUAAAAUUAAAGUUAAAAAUCUUUAACUAAUUUAAUAAUUAUGUUAAGGUUAAUCGAUCUAUAACACAAAGAAGAGAUAAAAAUAUGAACUUUUGAAAGAAAGUUAUCUUGAAUUUUAAUUAUUUCGUAAAAAUUCGACGUAGGUUAGUUAAUGUAGAGUCGUAAGACACUCAAACUAGAUAAUAUUUAAACUGUUGUUGUUUAAUAGAAAUAAGAAAUGUAGUAAAUUUUUAAGAACAAA